UAAAAUCUUCAAACUUUCUCAGCAUAAUAAAAGAAGGACACGAGGAAGAGUUGUGUACAUAGAGAGAGAGAGAGAGAGAGAGGGUAAAAGGGUAUUAGAUCCCUGAGGCAGAUCAAAACGAAGUCCCCGUUGAUGGGGUUGUUUUCGUGAACAAAAUAAGAACCCCAUUGCAGUAAAAGGGGAUUCCUUGGUUCAGAUUUGCGUGCAUUGCCGAAUCAGAUACCCCAUUAUAAGUAUCGUGUGUAUCUUUUGUUGUUGUUCUCAUCGUUUUUGAUUUGUGUUUUUGUUGUUGGCAUGGAGGGUGAGAAGAAGAAGUACAUGACCUCUGAGGAGCUGAAGGGUCACAACAAGGAGGGAGAUUUAUGGAUCUCAAUCCAAGGUAAGGUGUACAAUGUGUCAGAUUGGAUUAAGGAGCACCCUGGUGGUGCUGUUCCAAUUUUGAACCUUGCUGGCCAGGAUGUCACAGAUGCAUUCAUAGCAUACCAUCCUGGCACAGCAUGGUCACACCUUGACAAGUUCUUCACUGGGUAUCACCUCAGUGAUUUCGAGGUCUCUGAUGUGUCCAGGGACUAUAGGAAGCUUGCAUCUGAGUUUUCAAAAAUGGGUCUUUUUGACACCAAGGGCCAUGUCACAUGCCUAACCCUAGCAUCUGUUGCUGCCAUGUUCCUUAUUGUGCUCUAUGGUGUCUUGUGGUGCACCAGUGUGUGGGCUCAUUUGGGCUCAGGCAUGCUGCUGGGCCUGCUCUGGAUGCAGAGUGCCUAUGUCGGCCAUGACUCGGGCCACUAUGUGGUUAUGACAAACAAUGGCUUCAACAAAGUUGCACAGAUCCUCUCAGGGAACUGUUUGACUGGGAUAAGCAUUGCUUGGUGGAAGUGGACUCACAAUGCUCACCACAUUGCCUGCAACAGCCUUGACCAUGACCCUGAUCUGCAGCACAUGCCGGUUUUCGCUGUGUCCUCGCGCUUCUUCAAAUCGAUUACCUCCCAUUUCUAUGGCAGGAAAUUGGAGUUUGAUUGCAUUGCCAGGUUUCUGAUCUGUUACCAGCACUUCACAUUUUACCCGGUUAUGUGUGUUGCCAGGGUCAACUUGUAUUUGCAGACAAUUCUGCUGUUGUUUUCUAAACGUAGAGUGCAUGAUAGAGCCUUGAACAUAAUGGGGAUCCUUGUGUUUUGGACUUGGUUCCCUCUUUUGGUGUCUUCCCUUCCCAAUUGGCCUGAGAGGGUUAUGUUUGUGCUGGCUAGCUUCACUGUUUGUUCCAUUCAGCAUAUUCAGUUCUGCUUGAAUCACUUUGCUGCAAAUGUGUAUGUUGGUGCACCAAGUGGUAAUGAUUGGUUUGAGAAGCAGACUAGUGGGACAUUGGAUAUCUCUUGCUCCUCAUGGAUGGAUUGGUUCUUUGGUGGCUUGCAGUUUCAGCUUGAGCAUCAUUUGUUUCCAAGGCUACCUAGGUGCCAAUUGAGGAAGAUUUCACCUUUGGUUAGUGACCUUUGCAAGAAGCAUAAUUUGCCUUAUAGGAGCUUGUCAUUUUGGGAGGCCAAUCAGUGGACAAUUAGGACCCUCAGGACUGCUGCCCUUCAGGCAAGGGACUUGACCAAUCCUGUCCCCAAGAAUUUGUUGUGGGAAGCUGUUAAUACCCAUGGCUGAGGCAUUUUGAGAGUUUUUAGAGUUUAGGAUAUUGGCAAGGUCUUUUUUUUUUUUUUUCUUUCCUUUUUUGGUUCUCUUGGAAAAUAGAAAAAAAAAAGUCUUAUUGUGAUUUUGUUAGCCCCAACUUUUCCAGAUUGGGCUUUGAAUUUAGCUUUUUGUUAGAUGUGGUGUAGAAAUGGAUGAUCCAGAUGUUACUACAGUUCAUGUGCUUUGCAUCAAUACAAAAUUCAUAUCCUGUAUGCCUUUUUGCCUUUCCACUUCCUUUUUCCUUACAAUUUGGCAUAGGUUGUUAGUGUCUGGAAGUUAUGCCAUGGUUGAUCUUAAUAAAACACAGAAGAUUCCAUCCA